UGAUUAAAACUUAUUCUUCUUUUUGCCUUGACUCUUCGUAUCCUUCUCUUAUGUGAAAAUCAAACAGUUGGCUUCCCGUUCACAUCUCCGAUCAGUGGAGGUCCUGGAGGAUAUAGAAGGUGGCGGUGAGGACAUCUUCGAAUUUCUUUUCCGGCUCGCGAGGCGAAGGUGGCUACUUCUAUUGAUUCCGAGCUGUUAGAGGACGGAGGCUCAAGGCAGAUUUCAGUCGUGUAUUUGGGUUUAUGGGUUCGGUCAUCUCCGUGACGGAUAUUGAGCGGCAGAUCUCGCAGCUGAGGGUGGUGACAGCGAAAUCAAUUCUCCGGUUGCGUCGGUUAAGCUUAUGUGGUUAAAUCCGGUGUUUUAGAUCUGCAUUUGUCGGGAUUAACGAAAUCCGGACAAUCUCCGGUGGUUGGGUUAGGUCCGUUGUGGCUGAGCUCCGAGAUGGAUCGUCGCACCAGGGUACUGUAACAUCAAUGGAACCGAAUGAAGGCACUUUCGUUCUUCACACUGAAAACACUAAGAAAGGAAAAAUCAAUCAUGUUCAUCUUGUUGAUGUUCCUGGGCACUCUCGGCUUCGACCCAAGCUUGAAGAAUUCUUGCCCCAAGCAGCUGCCAUUGUGUUUGUAGUGGAUGCCUUGGAGUUCCUCCCAAACUGUCGUGCAGCUUCAGAGUACCUAUAUGAUAUUUUGACCAAUGCGAAUGUUGUCAAGAACAAGAUUUCAGUCCUCCUUUGCUGUAACAAGACAGAUAAACUCACUGCACACACCAAGGAGUUUAUUCGGAAGCAGAUGGAGAAAGAAAUUGAGAAAUUGAGGGCUUCUAGGAGUGCGGUAUCUACAGCUGAUAUAGCGAACGACUUCAGCAUUGGAAUUGAAGGAGAAGUGUUCUCCUUCUCGCAUUGCUACAACAAAGUCACUGUAGCUGAGGCAUCUGGACUCACCGGAGAAACCGUCCAGAUCCAAGACUUCAUUCGAGAAUACAUCAAGCCUUUAGCUCAAACGUGCAUUAAUAGAUUGAAUCUACGACUAGAUUCUUAUGCCUUUGGUCUGUGACUUUGAUUUGAGUUUAGUGAUCCUUUUUGUAUAUGAGUUCUUUGUUUGCUCAUUGUGGUUCUAAAAGAUAGGAGACAGAGGAGGAAGAUGAAGAUAGGAGACAUAGGGGUAGAUGAAGAUAGGAGAUUUAUCGAUCUUGUAUAUUUUUAUUGAUGUAGUAUUUUAAUAAAAGGUUUUUGUAU